AAAAAAGAUAAAAAAGUGUCUGAUGAAAGAAGGGGUGGAGGAGUCAAUUUGAUAAAAUUGGUGUUAAUUUAACGUUCAGUAGACAAAUUUUCUACGCUUUUUUUGGACCAAUAAAUCAGGUUGCUUUGUCUAUAAAAUUGACAAUUAUGGACCCAAAUUUAUUACCAAUACCAGGAACAUCAAGAGAAUGUGUAAAUGAAAUAUUUCAAGAGGAGAUUUUUUAUCAAGAAGAAGUCGCCUUCGUUGAUGAGGAAAAUGAUUCCCUGCUUCAAGAAGAAGCUGUUAUCGACAAUGCGCAAACUGACGACCACACCUAUGCAUUAGAGACUGAAAAAACUUAUUCAAGUCGAAUAACACAACCAGUCACAAUGAGAACAUAUAAGACAUAUGAACGGCAUUUUGGAACAACAUAUCGUUGGCACAAAUCAGGGCGGCCAAAGAAAAUCCCAAAGGACGGACGAACUUUCACGUACAUAUAUUCUUACAAACUUCAUUAAAAUUACCCAACUGUUAAAUAAGUAAAACAAAAUGCAAAUUUUUUUGAUAUAAUAUUUAUACCACCCACACAGCCUGAACUUGCAGCAAUAUUCGCAACAUUGCCUCAAUAUUGCUGAAAUUUUCAAAUGUUUAAAAUAAUUUGAAUUUUCGAUUAAAAAUACUUUUUUUUAUUAUUAAUUUUUAGCAAUUUAUUGUUGAUUUUACAAUUUUUGGUUAGAAACCUUUAAUAUUGUACUUAAUUUAAAAACAUCAAUCAAAUCAAUUAUUAUUUACUCAAUAAUUAUUUAUGCCCUGGAUUCUAGAAGGACACGUACAUUUUUCCGGCCGGAAAACGAAGUCCUCUGGUCACUCAAAAUUCAUUUUUCGAAUUUUAGUAUUUUUCGAGCAUAUUCUUAUACAGAAUUCGAUUUCGCAUCUUUCUUAAUAAAAAAAACUUUUCCGCCAACAGUUUUCUUUUUUAAAUUUCCUGUUUUCCCGCACUUCGUUGAACCUGAAAAAACGAAAGAAAAAGAAAUUCGACUAGUUUUGUCGAAAUUGGACAUUUUAUCAGAAAAAAUUUCGAAAUUACUCGUGAAAAAUCGAAAUAAUUUAUUUUGUUGCCGUGGACAAUUUUCUUUUUAAAAAUUCAUGUUUUCCCGCACUAUGUUGAUCCUGAUAAAACGAAAGAAAAAGAAUUCCGAACACUUUUGUCUUAAUUUGACAUUUUAUCAAAAAAAAUCGGAAACCACUCACGAAAAAUCGAAAUAAAAUAUUUUUUUACCGCCAACAAUUUUUUUGUUUAAAUUUCCUGUUUUCCCGCACUUCGUUGAUCCUGAAAAAACGAAAGAAAAAGAAAUUCGACUAGUUUUGUCGAAAUUUGACAUUUUAUCAAAAUAAAUCGGAAACCACUCGCGAAAAAUCGAAAUAAAAUAUUUUUUUACCGCCAACAAUUUUCUUGUUUAAAUUUCCUGUUUUCCCGCACUUCGUUGAUCCUGAAAAAUCGAAAGAAAAACAAAUCCGAACACUUUUGUCUUAAUUUGACAUUUUAUCAAAAAAAUCGGAAACCACUCGCGAAAAAUCGAAGUAAAAUAUUUUUUUACCGCCAACAAUUUUCUUUUUUAAAUUUCCUGUUUUCCCGCUUUCGUUGAUCCUGAAAAAACGAAAGAAAAAGAAAUUCGACUAGUUUUGUCGAAAUUGGACAUUUUAUCAAAAAAAAUUUCGAAAUUACUCGUGAAAAAUGGAAAUAAUUUAUUUUGUUGCCGUGGACAAUUUUCUUUUUAAAAAUUCAUGUUUUCCCGCACUAUGUUGAUCCUGAUAAAACGAAAGAAAAAGAAUUCCGAACACUUUUGUCUUAAUUUGUCAAUUUAUCAAAAAAAAUCGUAAAACACUCGCGAAAAAUCGAAAUUAUAUCCACUUUUACGAUAAUUCGACUUUUAAUCCGAAAAAUAUCUGAAAAACUCAGGAAAAAUCGAAAUAAAAUAUUUUUUUACCGCCAACAAUUUUCUUUUUUAAAUUUCCUGUUUUUCCGCACUUCGUUGAUCCUGAAAAAACGAAAGAAAAAGAAAUUCGACUAGUUUUGUCGCAAUUUGACAUUUUAUCAAAAUAAAUCGGAAACCACUCGCGAAAAAUCGAAAUUAUUUAUUUUAUUGCCGUGGACAAUUUUCUUUUUUAAAUUUCCUCUUUUCCCGCACUUCGUUGAUCCUGAAAAAACGAAAGAAAAAGAAGUUCGACUUGUUUUGUCGAAAUUUGACAUUUUAUCAAAAUAAAUCGGAAACCACUUGCGAAAAAUCGAAAUAAAAUAUUUUUUUACCGCCAACAAUUUUCUUUUUUAAAUUUCCUGUUUUCCCGCACUUCGUUGAUCCUGAAAAAUCGAAAGAAAAAGAAAUCCGAACACUUUUGUCUUAAUUUGACAUUUUAUCAAAAAAAUCGGAAACCACUCGCGAAAAAUCGAAGUAAAAUAUUUUUUUACCGCCAACAAUUUUCUUUUUUAAAUUUCCUGU